AAACACCUGGCAGCAGAUCUGGGAUAGUAGGGCUGAUGGCUAUGCAGCUUUCAUCUUAGGCAAGCAGUGCGUUAAAAACAGUCAAAUGUACAAACUGCAGCAAUACCUCCUGAAGCAGCAUUCCCUGCAGGGUACUAAACCAGCCCCGUCAACAGCGCCACCUGCUGUGUUGCCCCGCACCACGCCGAUUACCUCCGAACCCAGCUCCAGUUCCUCAGUGAUGGAGGAGGACGAGGAGCUUGAGAGAGCAAUGCUGAGUCUGUCGCCAUCAAAGUUUCAGGCCCAGCCGAGUUCACCAGUUGAAGUUGUCAGAGCCCAAGCUGUGUCUGUGCCAAGAGUGAGGAGUAGGCCAGAGCCUACUGCUACACUCUCCAGGCCGGCCGACGACUCCCAUGGGACUGCUUCUGCCUCUCCUUCGGCGGCAGGGAAGGUCCCACUGCCAAUUCCUCCUGAGCUGCUGGCAUUGGUUCCAUCCUCUCUGCCAACACCUGGGACAGAACAACAGGAACAGGGUCACAGCAAGCCAGCAGUACGACGCUCACCUCCAUCACCAAAGAGACAAACCGUCACAUCUCCCAGUAUUGGUUCCGUAUCACAGGGUGUGUGGUCCUCUGCCCCUGUCAGAGAUGAGCAGGAAACUGCAUUGGCUGAAGCUCUGGCACACCCUACCACGGCUCAGCAGCACCCAAGACCCCUCACCCACCCUGCACCCUCUCCUCCAGCUCUCUCUGCCCAGCCUGCCCACCCAGCAUCGGCCUACAGCUAUGAUCAGGAUGUUCGCCAAUGGAACUGCUCUCUCCAGCAGCGUAUUUGGAUGAAGACUGAACUGGAAGCUUUGGGGCUCUGGCCAGGGUCCCGACCAGUGCGCCACCUGAUGAACAUGGUGUCCCUGUGGCGUCAUCCACCUCAGCCGGAGUUAAUUGAGACCAGCUCUAAGCUUCCGUCUCCUUAGCACUUUCAGCUCCACCCCUUCUUCAU